AUGAAUGAAAACCUUCGUUACGGUGCUCGCUCUCCAUCAGCUAAUAGCCGCUCUGUUCAGGACUUUUAAUGCAUUUCUAUAACCUCUUAUAUGAACGUGUUAUUUUCUGACGUCUUGGUUACGGACAACAGAUAUGCCCUGCAAAAAUAUUUGAUUUCCAGUCCAGUUUAGCUUAAUCCAUGUAACCAUGUUUAUAUUGCUGUUACGCAUGAUGUGUCUCCUGGUUGGUUAUUAUUUUGUCCAAGAUCCAAAUCAAUGGCAGCUUCUGGGUCAACUUGGUAAUAAUCAGUGAAACAUACAAGGAAGUCCGCAUGUCGUCAUUUAUAUAGGAGACAAAGUCCACACGGAGAAAACAAGGAAGUGUUUCAUAGCUAACGCUUCCCUGUGGAGAGACGGUUGUUUUUCCACUGAAUUUGUGACAAAUCUGUCUGAAGGAUGGCCGGCGAGCAGCAGAGACCAGGCUCGGUGCUCACAGGGAGUGGCUACCAGGAGUCACUCAGGUUACGCUGGGGUUCCUCGCAAAUGUCCACUCAGAAUUACCAACACUUCAACUGGGGCACGAGCCACGCUGUGGAGGAUGAAAAAGGCGGUUCUGAGCCGGCCCGAGAGCUCAGGAGCACCCCUUUGACCAUGGCUCAGAAAAGAGAAUUAUGGCAGGUGCAACAAAUGCAGGUCCCCUCUCAGAUCAGCGGAGGAUCCUGGAAGCACAAAAGGACCAAAUAUGUGCGGAAAUUCAAAAGCCAGCUCAGAGAGUUUCUUUACUUUUUCUCACUGUGGGGCAAAACCCUGCAAAAGAUUGGAGGGAACUUUGGAGGUGGUGUCCAGUCUUACUUCUUCUUCCUUCGAUUCUUGGUGGUUCUCAAUUUUCUCUCCUUCCUGCUGCUUGGCGGAUUCGUCCUCAUCCCCAACAUCGUAUUCAGAUCCGUGGGGACCGAAGUGGGGAACAUCACAGGUGACAAGGAAUGUAUGGAGUACAACCCUAAUCCUCAAGGGUUGGUGGUCUUCUACGAGUUCUUUAUUCAUUUACUCUCAGGAACGGGAUUUAUGGAGUAUUCAUACAUGUUUUAUGGCUACUACAACAAUACAGUGGUGCAGGACGACAACUUUUCCUACAACAUCCCCCUUGCAUAUCUAUUCACUGCUGUCUUCUACUUCGCCUUUUGCCUCCUUUGCAUCAUAGUACGAAUGGGCAAAGCAGCUCAAGUUGCAGUGACGACCGGAGGCCGCAGUGUGAGCAACUACAGCAUGACCGUCUUCACUGGUUGGGACUACGGCUGCCUGGGAAGCAAGGCCACCAAACUGAAACAGAGAAACAUCUACUACCAGCUACAGGUGGAUCUGGAGGAGGAGCGCCUAAAGAAGCAUGCAGCCUCCCUCACGUUGUGCAGCAAAGUUAUAUUAUACUCUUCGCGGGUUUUGAUGUUUUUAGUUGCAGCCGGUCUCAUCGGAGCGGCCAUCUUUGCCAUCAAAAUAGCGACUGAAUUCAGCCAAGGAAAUAGCGAGGUGGAAGGGAUCCUGGGAUUAUUUUAUGAGUAUCUGCCUUCUAUUGUCAUCACCAGCGGGAACUUCUUGGUGCCUCUGCUGUGCGACCAAAUCGCUUUGAUAGAAAAAUAUCCCCCCGGCGCUACUGUGAUAAUGGCACUAUUAAGGGCAGUGAUCUUACGUCUCAUCAGUCUAGGCAUCCUUCUCUACACCCUGUGGUACCAGAUCACCUGCGGUGAAGACAAAGAAGACUGUAAACUGUGUCAAUACAACCACGAAGCUUAUCCGUGCUGGGAAACGCGUGUGGGACAGGAGAUGUACAAGCUGACGCUGUUUGACCUCCUCGUUAACAUCGCACUACUCGUGCUGGUCGAGUUUCCACGCAGGAUGGUGGUGGACAACUGGUCCUGCAAGUUGUCCAAGUGGGUGGGUCGGCAGGAGUUUGUGGUUCCCUCCAACGUGCUCGGGCUUGUUUAUGGUCAGACCGUGGUCUGGACGGGAGCUCUCUUUUGCCCUCUGCUGCCACUCAUAAACACGGUCAAGUUUGUCAUCCUGUUUUAUUGCAAGAAGAUCACACUUUUCUACAACUGCCGUCCAGCAAUUAGGACGUUUCGGUCCACCACCUCCGCCUUCUUUUUCCUGGCAGUACUCCUGUUUGGCUGGAUCCUAGCCCUGGUUGUCAUGAUUUAUAGUCUAGCUGUAAUCCAUCCAUCACAGGCCUGUGGGCCUUUCCGUAACUUACCCAGAAUGUGGCAGACGGUUCCAAACUCUUUCUACAAUCUUUCUAAAGUAACACAAGACUUUCUGUUCUUUAUCGGCUCACAAGCUUUUUCUAUACCUCUUUUUGCCCUAUCAUGUGUGGUUAUGUGCUACAUCAUAGCUUUAGCCUCUAUCUAUGGAAAAUCGGUUGCAUUGCUGCGGGCUCAACUUAAAUUAGUAGGACGAGAUAAACAGUUUUUGGUAAAGCAGAUUGAGACGAUGAAACUUCUAACACAACAGCAAAAUGAAGGAGAACAAAAAUGAACUUAAUCUGUAAACCGUAUUUUUGUGUUUUCAUGUUUUUUCAUGUGUUUUGAAAUAUUUGAAUAAUAUAACAAAUUGAGAAUGUAACUGAAGACUGUUGUAUAGAGUGAAUGACAUAAAAAACCCUUUGAGUUGUAGUAGGCAAUUCUGCACAAAGAAUAAUAUAGAUGUAUUUUCUCUCUAAGAUAAGAUAUAAUCAUUUAAUCAGAGAAUGUUCAUUAUAAAUUAUUUAAUAUCUAAUAAAAAAAUCUUUAUUUUUUUUCAAAGGUGAUUUCAAAAUUACUUCAUGAUGCCAUAAUAAACACACAGUGUAGAACAACAUCAUGACUAAACUCAACGACAUGGAUCUAAAUGUAAUUUUGUAAAACUAUAUCCAUCCAUCCAUCCGUCCAUCCA